AUGGGCGCCUUGGAUCAUCUGUCCCGUCUGUGUAACUUCACACAUACAAGGGAAGCCAUCAGGAUCAAGAAAAGGCGGCCACUGACGACGGUGAACAUCAAGGUGAAGAUGGACUGUGAUGGCUGCGAGAGGAGGGUCAAGAACGCCGUCAAAUCGAUUCGGGGUGUAACGACGGUGGUGGUGAAUCGCAAGAUCAACAAGGUGACGGUGACGGGGUACGUGGAGCCUCGCAAGGUGCUGGCGAGGGUGAAGAGAACUGGGCCUGGUCCGCAACGUGCCGCAGGCCAUGGCCGACCCGGCCGCGCCGGAGGUCAAGUACAUGAACAUGUUCAACGACGAGGACGUUACCGCUUGCACCGUCAUGUGAUUCGAUCAUAUCAUAUUAGCAUCUGCACUCCGGCCAUCUGCACCCAGCCACGACGACAUGCCGAGAUUACUACUGUAGAUAUAUCGGUGUUCUCGCAGCGCUGGGGAAGAAUGAUACCAAGAAGAUGA